CAAAACCCCACGUCACACUGUAACGAGCCAUAUAAUAGGAACCACCCAGUUAUAGUCAUUCACACUCUACCCACACACUGAGCAGGUCUGGUUUAACCUACGGGCACAUUCCUAUUCAGAAAUGUCCCAUCGGCAGUCCUACUCCUGGGAGGAAGAUGACUUUCAGCUUCCACCUGGGGUUUGGAAAUGUAGCCAUGAAAAGCCAAAUUGCGGUCAGACCUACGUCAUGUACCACGGCACCACCAGGACCAUAGCAACGGCCAUCCAGCGCGAUGGUUUCAAACAGUCUGCGGACGGGAUGCUGGGCUGUGGCGUCUACCUCAGCUGUGACCUGAACAAGGCCAGCAGGUAUCCCAUCAAAACUCCUGACUCAGAGCGGGUGGUGUUAAUGGUGGAGGUCAACGUGGGGAACGUGAUCGCGAUUAACUACCAGGGCCAUCCUCGCCAGAAGAACUGGCACGAUCGCCGGUACGGGGAGGUCUUCGACACUGCCUGGUGCCCCCCGGACUGCGGCAUGACGAGGAGCGGCAUGGAGGAGGACUGCGUCUGGGACCCCAGCCGCAUCGAGAUAGUCAAGUGUAUCACUCCGAUCACGAGGUCGGAGGGGUCGGAGAGGUCAGAGGGGUCGGAGAGGUCGGAGGGGUCGGAGGGGUCUGAGGGGUCAGGGGGGUCGGAGGGGUCAGGGGGGUCGGAGGGGGGGUCGGAGAGGUCGGAGGGGUCAGAGGGGUCCGGGGGGUCGGAGGAGUCGGAGGGGGCAGGGGGGUCGGAGAGGUCGGAGGGGUCAGAGGGGUCCGGGGGGUCGGAGGAGUCGGAGGGGGCAGGGGGGUCGGAGAGGUCGGAGGGGUCAGAGGGGUCCGGGGGGUCGGAGGGGGCAGGGGGGUCGGAGAGGUCGGAGGGGUCAGAGGGGUCCGGGGGGUCGGAGGAGUCGGAGGGGGCAGGGGGGUCGGAGAGGUCGGAGGGGUCAGAGGGGUCCGGGGGGUCAGAGGGGUCGGAGGAGUCUGAUUCUUAA